UCGAGGCCAUCAAUUUGGCAAGUCAGCCCAACAACUUGCGCUAACGACUAUUUGUAAUCUCGUCGUUCUGGCUUUUCUUUGCAAGGACUAAUCCUCUUGCUGCUGAUUGUGAGUGACGCCGCGAAUACCAUCUGUACAAACCAUGACGGGAGCCCAGUCGGAGACCCGAAUAGCAUCUCCAAACGCACGGCAGGGCUCUCUGGUGGCACUUGCUUGGGUCGUCGGAGUCCUACAGAUCGCCACACUUCCGCUACUCGUCCGAUCCUUCUCGUCACUACCACCUCUGAUUCGGCCGGCCUCACCCUUAGCCACGCAGAGCCGCGUUCCACAGUCCACCACGGCGUUUGUCGCGACGAACACACGUGGGCGGCGCUUCGCCAAACGCGCGGCGGACGAUGAGGAUGAGGACGUGCCGCCGGACUGGAACGAGGACGAAAUCUUGGCGGAAUUUGACGACGUCACUGACACGGAACUCGAUGUCGACGAAGAUGAGGUCGACGUCGCGGAUGACACUGAGGGCGAGGCUGAAGUGACCGAUGAAGAUGACGAUCUCGACGAUGAAGAUAUCGAUGAGAUUGCCUUAGACCUGGAUGAGGACGACGAAGACGAUGAUGGUGAUGAGGACUAUGGGCAAGACGUAAACGAAGUGGAGGAAGAUGCCUACAAGGUUCCGGUAGGGGAGUUUGAUGCUGGCUGGGAUGAUGAGGAAGAUGGUGGUGAUUAUCAACUGGAAGACGAUACGGAGAAUCCCGACUAUAUGCGGCAAAAGGAACUGGUAGAAGAAGCUGUUCGGGCCUCCAAUCAGCGAGCUGCGGAUGAGAAUUUUGACCCCGUGGGGUUCAUUCAAAACGAUAUGACCGACGAUAUGGCCAAAGCAUUGGACGAAUUGCCAUUUAUACAAGAGGCUGAACAGCUUUCGGCCAGCAUGAUGCUUACUGAUGACGAUGUCGAGACAAUUGACUUGGACAAGGCUGUCGCUGAAGUGUCGGACCUAAUGACUGAGGAUCCUUAUCCUCGUUAUCAGAGCGGUGAACGCAAUUUUCUGGAAGAAAACAUCGGAGUUUCAGAUGACGACAUGGAACGCCUGGAUGGAGUAUACAAGCAAAUAAACGAAAAACUUGAAGAGGAGCCAUGGGAUAAGGUAAAUCUCAAAGAUCAAACUGGUUGGGACAGCCUUACCAAUGAGACUUUGGCCGAAAUGGAAGACUGCCUUGAGGAGAUUGGCGGAAGCGCUUACAAUGUUACCAGAUGGCUCUUGUACGAUUUGGACUUUAAUGUGAGCAAUCUCAUCUUAGCCGCCGUCAAGCACAACCCUCAGGCUCCUGUUUUACUUCAACACUGGUAUCCUCAGUUGGUAACGUAUGCGCGCUAUCAGCACUCUCGCGAUCGAGAUUUUGAUUUCAACUGGGAAGAUGUAGAAAACGCCGAUUUGCAGGAAUUGGAGCACUAUUAUGCUGGAUUUGGAUACAAAGAGAUACCUAAAAAGGCUCCAGCCGAAACAGGAAUAAUCAGUCUGGAAGACUUGGAUGAAGAAGAAAUAAAAAUGGCGGCGCUGGAGCGAUGGAUGACUGAUGUUUACAAUCCCGAAUGGGAUCGCAAAGACUUUGAUGACGACGACAUGCAAGAUGAAGACAAUGUCUUCUCACAAUUCUAUGAGGCACCACAGCAUCCCGAUUUGCCCACUUUUGCGGAUGCUGUUGAAGACAUUGAACAAUGGAAAGAAGAAAUGGGAGACGAAGCAAGCAAUCACAAGUACCGUGAUAUGAUGGGCAAGACGUACGAUUAUAAGGUUGUAAGGGACGAAGAGUUUGAACGCGAGUUCCGCGGACAUCUUAUUAUUGCAUGCACCGGGCAAUCCACCGACUUGGAGGUCGCCGAACGCAUUACAGAACGAUUCGAGCAGGAACUUGGAAAAAAAGUGUUUGUGGAAACCCGCAUAAUGAAUUUGGCUCGAGAAGAAGAUAAUGUUUUCGAAAUCUGGCUCGAGAGCUACGAAAUUGAUUUGCUGCAUUCUAAAAAACGUGCAACAGCAAACGCCGAAGAUUGGGAUGGCCCGGUAGACUGCGAUGAAGCCCAGAUCGAGUUUCUGGUAGACCGGGUGAGAUUCCUUAUCAGUGACGAAGUGCGCUACAGCUAUAGAAUGGAGCUCGAGCACACGGAAUAG